AUGCGACUAUGGGAGUUUGACAGGGUUGGUGCGAUCGCGUCGCCGCCUUUCGAUCUUAAUCAGGACGGCCUGCAAUUCGUCUCGGUCGUGUUGGGAUACCUUUGGAUGAAUGACGAGCAGCUCGGAUUCGACCCCACCAUACAAGAAUCAGGCGGUACAAGGUAUAUCGAGAUCACACGCAACGGUCAGCAGGAGCGGCUUGUUCUUGACACUUUGAUGAGACGUGCACCUUCUGUGGUCGGUCGAGCGACGACUUGCUGGAAAGCUUAUCGAGAUGGUGAUGAGUCUAAGGCUCCUCUUAUCAUCAAAGAUUCGUGGCAAUAUCCCGAGCGUGACCAAGAAGGCGAAUUAAUCCGGGAGGCAACAGAAAAGGGAGUGGUGAAUGUGGCCAGAUACUAUCACUAUGAGACGGUUCAGGUGGGCGGCGUCGACGACGAUGUCUAUACCAAUAUUCGCAAGGGUUUAGAUAUCUCGAAAUCUGCGAACUACCUCGGCCAGAAUCAGAAGACUGACGCCUCGAUGUUUCCGCCAAGUACACCCAUCUCGCUUGACGGUACGGAUCGAGGCCGAAGUUUCGUCGUGAAAACUAGCAUCGGGCGUAAGAGCUCACCGACCAAGAAGCCAAUCUCCCGGACGUUGUUCAAUAGGGAACAUCGACGAGUCGUUGUGUCGGACUACGGCAAGCCACUCUACAAGGCAAGUUCUCGCGCUGCAAUGCUGGCGGCUUCGGCCGGCAUCCUCCAGCGUGAUAUCUCGACAGGCAAUACCAUGAUGAACGAGGACCCGACCAAUCCAUCUUGGCCGGCGUUUCUGAUUGACCUUGACCUUGGAAUCAGAGAGCAAAGAAAUGAGCCAUCGGGGGCACGCGGCAUAACUGGAACGAGAGCAUUUAUGGCCGUCGGAGCGCUGCGAAGUGAGAAGCACUCGGCCAUGCAUGAUUACGAGUCAUUCUUUUGGCUACUUUUUUGGAUAUGUGUCCACAACCAAGGGCCGGACGAAGGGGGCCUGGUAACCGAGUUCAACUGCUGGAAUUAUGAAGACCCUGUCCAGCUGGCAAAGUUAAAGCUAGGAACGGUAUCUGACGAAGAAAUUUCCCUGGAGACGAUGAAUCAACACUGCACACCAUACUUCACAUCGUUAGUACCAUGGAUGAACAGGCUUCGAAGGUCUUAUUUCCCAACGGCAGGUUAA